AUGGAGAGAAAGGGCUGGUUGUUAAUCGCAAUUAUCGUAUGUUUGUUCACACUCUUAUCAUGUAGAGAAUUAAAGGUGACGGUGAAGCAUAAACACAAUAAGCAUCACCAGUUGGGAAUAUUCAAUCACACUCUUGCUAAAAUACUGGUGCAAUAUUCUUCAGCCGUAUAUAUGUCGGAUUUGACCGAGUUGUUUACAUGGACUUGCUCAAGGUGUAAUGGUCUAACUGAGGGAUUCGAGGUGAUCGAGCUGAUUGUUGAUGUGAAGCGGUGCUUGCAGGGAUUUGUUGGUGUUGCAACUGACCUUAAUGCCAUUGUGAUUGCAUUCAGGGGAACCCAAGAACACAGUAUUCAAAACUGGGUGGAAGAUUUGUACUGGAAGCAGCUCGAUAUCGAUUACCCUGGAGUAGAUGGUGCUAUGGUUCAUCAUGGUUUUUAUACCGCUUAUCACAACACAUCCUUACGGCCCGGAGUUAUAAACGCAAUUCAAAAAGCAAAGGAGUUGUAUGGUGACAUUAAGAUAAUGGUAACUGGACACUCAAUGGGAGGGGCAAUGGCUGCCUUUUGUGCACUUGAUCUCCGUCUCAGUCUCAGGGAACAGAAUGUUCAGGUUAUGACAUUUGGGCAGCCUAGGAUUGGAAAUGCUGCCUUUGCAUCUUACUUCAACCAAAUUGUGCCCGAUUCAAUCCGCGUAACGAAUGGGCAUGAUAUUGUGCCACAUUUGCCACCAUAUUACUAUUAUUUUCCUCAAAAGACAUAUCAUCAUUUUGCUAGAGAGAUUUGGCUAUACAAUAUUGGGUUUGGGAGUUUGAUUUACACAGUUGAAAAGGUUUGUGAUGACUCUGGAGAAGACCCGUCUUGUAGCAGGUCAGUGAGUGGGAACAGUAUUUCUGAUCACCUGACUUACUAUGGUGUUCAAAUGGGAUGUGACGAGUCAAUCUCAUGCAAAAUGGUCAUGGAUCCACGUGUUGCUGCUUAUGGAUUAACCGAUCACGAGGGGAACAUCAUAUUGUCCAAGGAUCCAUCAACGCCUAUUUUAAAAAUGGAUAUUGGUAGAGAAGGAAGUGCUAGUUUGUGA